CCCAGUGGCGGUGUGCGCGCGCAGCGCCCCCUCUGGUCGCCCACGGAACAGCUUCCGCUGUUUGGCUUGUUAUUAGCUCGUUCUCGUCCAUGCUCCAGCUGCGGCCAGUGGAGGAGGAUGAAGCAGCCGCUGAGAGUCUGCUGCUGAACCGAGCUGUGGCUAAAAAUGACCAUUUCCUGCUGGCCGAGCUACUGUCACAAGAAUGCUACAGGAAGUGCAUUAAUCAGCAGAGCGGCUGGGGGAUCCCAGGUACACCGUUACGCAUGGCUGCGUCCAAAGGUCACCUGAGGUGUCUGCAAUUGCUCCUGGCCCAUGGGGCAGAUGUAGACCGCCUUGAUGUUAAAGCUCAGACCCCUCUUUUCACCGCUGUGUGCGGGCGUUACUUGAGCUGCGUGAUUGCGCUUCUCCGUGCCGGAGCUAAUCCGAAUGGAAGCCACCUGAACAACAGCUCACCCGUGCUCACAGCUGCCCGAGAGGGUGCCCCCGAGAUCCUCCGCCAGCUGCUUCGGCACGGGGUGGAGGUCAACGCCAGGCCAAAGGUGACGCUGUGGGCCUCAGGGGUUGCUGUGUGCAGCGGGCCGCUUUACCUGUCAGCCAUAUAUGGACACCUGGAUUGCUUCAAAAUGUUGCUGUUAUAUGGGGCAGAUCCGAACUAUAACAACCCGGUAGAGAAGGUGAACGGCAGAGCCACACAGCAGAAGACGGUCCUGGAAUUGUGUUUGAGACACGGCUGUGGAGUCGAAUACAUUCAACUGCUCAUUGACUUUGGGGCAAACGUCUACCUGCCGACCCUCAUUAUAGAGAAGAGCACCAAACAGAACGAAGCUGUUGAGCUGUUGCUGAAAGAGCGAGGUGAGAGAAGUUUUAGUGGUAUUAUAGCAUUGUUUUAUUUAUUGCCAUUAGUGUUGUAUGGAAACCUGUUUCUACCAUGGAAUAAAACAUUUUAA